ACAAAUAUCGCACGUGUUUGUUUGUAUGUAUGUGACUUGUUCCCAGUUCACCGGACGUUGACGGUCACGUUGUCAUCAAAGAUGGCUGCCAGACAGCAAGCAAUACCACAUCUUGCUGUUCGUGGCACAAAGGGGCUUCAUGUUAUUGAUGGUAAAACAAAUUUUGAAAGACCUGAAGACGUUGUUUGUGACCCAGUUCAGAACUGCAGAUGCUUCAAAUUCAGUAAGGAUGGCUGCUUAUUUGCCUGGUGCAAUUCACAGAGCUUACAAGUUGUUGAUCUGAAAACCAGCCAGAAGCUGUUUGAAAUUCCAAAGCAAAAGACCUCUCUGUUAUCAUUUUCCUCAUGUGGAAACUAUCUUUGUACAUGGGAAGGCUAUUAUACGACACCUGAUAACCCAAAAGGAUUCAACAACUUAGAAAUCCUCCGUGUUGGUGAUGGCUCUACUGUGAAGAGUUUUGUUCAAAAAAGACAAGAUACUUGGGAACCACAAUGGUCAAAUGAUGAGCUGCUAUGUGCUAGAUGUGUCAAUAAUGAAGUUCAUUUUUAUGAGAAUAGAGAUUUCAGCUCCGUUUCUAAGAAACUUUUUCAGCAGAAUGUGACAAACUUCUCAUUGGCGCCAGGUCCUUCGCCUUAUAAAAUUGCAAUUUUUGUAAAAGGGACAAAGGCAGCACCGUCGUUUGUUCGAUUAUUUCAAUACCCCAAUCUAGAAGGGCGACAAGCGCUAGCGAACAGAAGUUUCUUUAAAGCAGAUAAGAUUGAGAUGUUUUGGAACAAGAAAGGCACUUGCGUGCUGGUGUUGUCAAGUACAGAGGUGGAUACAACGGGUGCAUCAUACUAUGGAGAACAAACUUUGCACUUUAUUAGCAUCAAAGGCGAAGCGAACCUUGUUCCUUUUGAUAAGAAGGGUCCUGUUUACUCGGUCGAUUGGAAUCCAAAUUCUGCAGAAUUUUGUGUCAUUUAUGGAUACAUGCCCGCAAAAGCAAAGAUUUUUAACAAUAAAUGUGAACCAAUCUUCGAUUUUGGAACAGGGCCUCGGAAUUUAUGCUUUUAUAAUUCCCAUGGUAGCAUUCUCUGUUUGGCUGGGUUUGGGAAUCUUCGCGGUGUCAUGGAACUCUGGAAUACCAAGGAAAAGAAGCUUAUUAGUAAGCCCCAGGCUUCAGAUUCUACCCACUUUGAAUGGGCACCAGAUGGACUGCAUUUCGUAACAGCAACCACUUCACCUAGGCUGAAAAUUGGCAAUGGGUAUAAAAUCUGGCAUUAUACGGGCAAUGUGAUUCAUGAGUGUGCCUACGAGCAAGGGCAUGAGUUAUACCAAGUGGACUGGCAACCAGUAUCGGAUGGUGUUUACAAAGAAUUUGCAAUCAUAUCUGUCUCAAAACCACUUAAUGCACCAGCCAAAGUUGAAGCCUAUAGGCCUCCAUCAGCCAGAGCUACCGGAAAACAGGGUAUCAAACUGCAUGAAGAUGAACCGGCCCAGAAUGCAAAGCAAGCAGAGCUCUCAGGGGCAGCUUUGAAGAACAAAAAGAAGAGAGAAGCCAAAGUGAAGCAAUCAGAACCAAGUCACCAGAUACCUGCAUCAACUCAGCAACAAGCCGCAGGAGCUCCAAUGACAGAAAAUGAAAAGAAGAUAAAAAAUUUGAAGAAGAAGCUUCGGCAAAUUGAGGAACUGAAACAGAAACAAAAGGAAGGGAAAACUCUCGAAAAGAAUCAGCUUGAUAAAAUUAAAGUGGAGAAGGAGUUAGUGCUGGAGAUCAGAGAAUUGGAGCUUGAUAGUUGAAAGUGACGAAAAAUCUCGACUUACGCCGAACCAUCUCGAGGGACCUUUUGAGCUGAAAAUUAUGCAUCCAGACGGUAAUCAAGCAUCAGAAUAGGAGACAUUUGAAAAUGUGAAUCAAGACGUGAUAAUACAACAGGAUUUGGUGAUUGCAAGACAGCUCUUUGAGUACCAAUUGGAGUUCGGCUUAGUAACUUUCAUAGCUUUCAGUUUUAUUUUUUCGAAUAUCAUUUUAGUUCAAUAAUUGACAUUUAAGGAAUUUCUUCUAUUCAAAUUGAUAUAAUUGUUAAUUUUUUAUUAUAAUUUACAAUCUUAUGUUGGAUACCUUUCUAAAAUAAACUUUUCUUUGUUUACAGAAAGGUUUAAUCAUUGGUAAACUUUAACGAGAAAGUUUUGAUAAGUGUUUGUUUCUAAUGGUGAAUUGAAGAGUGUUGAUAACCCCUAGAUAUCGACUGAAACUAAA